UUUUGGGGGUUUCGGAUUAACUGCUAAUCCUGCAGUGAACUUUAAUAUUGGGAAUUUCGGUGUUUCUACCACCUCGGCGACUCCGUUCAAUUUUGGUAACAGUCUGGCAAGUGCAGGUGGGUUUGGAGGAUUUGGGACAACAUCUACUACAGCGAGUUCUGCAUUCAGCUUUUCUACUCCAGCUAACACAGGCACUACUGGAUUCUUUGGUAGUACUCAGAACAAAGGUUUUGGAUUUGGGACUGGUUUUGGCACGACAACUGGAACUAGUACUGGCUUAGGUACUGGUCUGGGGACCGGACUUGGAUUUGGAGGAUUUAAUACGCAACAGCAGCAACAGACUAGCUGUAGGUUAUAGUUGCAUGCCCAAUAAUAAAGAUGAAGAUGGGCUAAUGGUUUUAGUUUUCAACAAAAAAGAAACAGAUAUUCAAAGCCAGCAACAGCAAUUGGUAGAAUCAUUGCAUAAAGUUUUGGGAAGAAGCCAGACCCUUACUGUAAACGUAGAGGGUAUUAAAACAUUGCCAGAUGAUCAGACAGAAGUUGUCAUUUAUGUUGUUGAGCGUUCUCCAAAUGGUACUUCAAGAAGAGUUCCAGCUACAACAUUGUAUGCCCAUUUUGAACAAACCAAUAUUAAAACACAAUUGCAGCAACUUGGUGUAACCCUUUCUAUGACUAGAACAGAGCUUUCUCCUGCACAGAUCAAACAGCUUUUACAGAAUCCUCCUGCUGGUGUUGAUCCUAUUAUCUGGGAACAAGCCAAGGUGGAUAACCCUGAUUCUGAAAAGUUAAUUCCUGUAUCAAUGGUGGGUUUCAAAGAACUUCUUCGAAGACUGAAGGUUCAAGAUCAGAUGACUAAGCAGCAUCAGACCAGAUUAGAUAUAAUACCCGAAGAUAUUGGUGAAUUACAGAAGAAUCAAACUACAACCAUGGCCAAAAUUGCACAAUACAAGAGGAAACUUAUGGACCUUUCCCACAGAACUUUACAGGUCCUAAUCAAACAGGAAAUUCAGAGGAAGAGUGGGUAUGCCAUCCAAGCUGAUGAAGAGCAGUUGCGAGUUCAGCUAGAUACAAUUCAGGGUGAACUAAAUGCCCCUACUCAGUUUAAGGGCCGACUAAAUGAACUGAUGUCCCAAAUCAGGAUGCAGAAUCACUUUGGAGCAGUCAAAUCUGAAGAAAGAUAUUACAUAGACGCAGAUCUGUUACGAGAAAUCAAGCAGCAUUUGAAACAACAGGAAGGCCUUAGCCACUUGAUUAGCAUCAUAAAAGAUGACUUAGAAGAUAUCAAGUUGGUAGAACGUGGAUUGAAUGAAACCAUCCACAUCAGAGGUGGUGUCUUCAGUUGACAGCUCACAAACUUGUGUUAAAGGUUUGUGAAAUACAUCUUUGUGUUACAUCAGGCCUCCUUUAAAAAUGAAACUGACCACAUGGAGGGGGUGGAAAAACAAUCCUCUCUCCUGACUUGAUUUUUGAGAAGGUUACUGAAAAAUUAUUAUUCAUCAAAUCUGAAAUAACAGUCACCUCACUGCUCUUCAGAGAUAGCCUUUUAAAGAUUUAUAUCUAAAAGCUGUAAUUACUUUAAAAGAGAAAUACAUAAUUACCAAAAAAUAUUUACUAUUCUACAUUUUUACAACAGCAUUGUUCUUAAAAAUAAUCAAUGUUUAAUGAUUAUUCUCCAUUGAGCCUGUACUCUGCUUUCCAUAGCAAGUAAAUAUGAAAUGUCUACUUUGCACAUAACAAAAUAAACUGUAUAAUUACUUGGCUGCUGGAGAUUUGUACUUCAGAAUGUAAAUGUCAGUUUUUAUAUUUGUGAAUUCAUCUGUGGGAGGAGUAAAGAAAAUCCAAGAGUAUUUAAUGAUUAAUAUGGUUUUCUUUUCAUUCUAUAAAGAUUUGAAUAUAUAUAUUUAUAUUAUUUUACUUAUUUGGAAUUUACAGAACACACGUAAGCAAUUAGGAUAUAACAGAAGAAUUACAUUUUAUCAUUUUUGCACCAUUUUUUGUUUUUUAAACCUCUUUAUUUCUAAAAAAUAUGAAAACAUAAAUAAAUUCUUGAUUAUAAUUAC